AUGGGGCUGGACGGAGCCUACGCGCAGCCCCAGCGCCCGCACGGCGCCGCGCUCUUCGCCCUCCUCUCCGUCCUCUUCCUCCUCACCCUCCUCCUCCUCCUGCACCCGCGCCCCCGCGCCGCCGACGCCGCCUGCGAGGACGGCUGCAGGAUCGUGCUGGUGGAGAGCAUCCCCGAGGGGCUGGUCCUGGGCGCGGCGCCCGGCCCGUCCACCUUCGAGGCGUGGCUGGGGCUGCUGGCCAAGGCCAGGCACCGCGUGGACAUCGCCUCCUUCUACUGGACACUGACCAACGGCGACACGCGCACGCGCCAGCCCAGCGCCGCCCAGGGCGAGCGGAUCCUGGCGGAGCUGCUGCGGCUGCCGGGCCGCGGCGUGGCCGUGCGCGUGGCGGUCAGCGCGCCCUCGCCCGAGGCGCCGCUGGACGAUCUGCGGGCGCUGGAGCGCAGCGGUGCGGCCGUGCGCGCCGUGGACCUGCCGCGCCUCACCGGCGGCGUGCUGCACACCAAGUUCUGGCUGGUGGACGGCGUCCAUCUCUACAUUGGCAGCGCCAACAUGGACUGGAGGGCCUUGACACAGGUGAAGGAGCUCGGAGCCGCCAUCUACAACUGCAGCUGCUUGGCCGAAGAUUUGGGCAAAAUCUUCGAGGCCUACUGGGCUCUGGGCGUUCCCGGCGCGUCCAUCCCGGCGCCGUGGCCGGACAACUACUCCACGUCCAUCAACGCCGAGACGCCGCUGGAGACGACGCUCAACGGCACCGCGGCCGCCGUCUACUUCUCGAGCUCGCCGCCCGCGCUGCUCGCCGCCGGCCGCACCGGCGACCUGGAGGCGCUGCUGGGCGUCGUGGACGGCGCGGCGGCGUUCGUGGACGUGGCGGUGAUGAGCUACGUGGCGAGCACCGAGUUCUCGCGGCCGGAGCGCUUCUGGCCGGCCAUCGACGAGCGGCUGCGGCGCGCCGUGGUGGAGCGCGGCGUGCGGCUGCGGCUGCUGGCCGGCUGCUGGCCCCACAGCCGCGCCGCCAUGUUCCCCUUCCUCAAGUCGCUGGCCGCCGUCGCCGACAACCGCACGGGCUACGCCGUGGAGGUGCGCCUGUUCCUGGUGCCGGCCAGCGCGGCGCAGAGCCGGAUCCCCUUCGCGCGCGUCAGCCACACCAAGUACAUGGUGACCGACAAGGCCGCCUACGUGGGCACAUCCAACUGGUCCGGGGACUACUUCGAGCGCACGGCGGGCUCGGCGCUGGUGGUGGCGCAGCCCGGGGCCGGCGCGGGGACGUUCCGGGAGCGGCUCCAGGACGUCUUCGAGCGGGACUGGAGCUCCCAGUACAGCGUGGACAUCGGCGACAGCCAGAGCUGGGGCAGCCGCUGCGGGCCCCGCUAGCGCCGGCGUUUUUGGGGGGAAAAAAAACAAGAGAAAUGGGUUUUGUGGA